GCCGCCACCCCCGCCACCGCCGCCCGGCCCGUCCGUGGCUGAGGAGCCACUGCACCGACCAAAGAAAGAACUCUCAGCUACCAAGAAAGAUCGUGUGAAUCAUUGUCUGACAAUAUGUGAAAACAUAGUGGCACAGUCUCUCAGAAAUUCUCCAGAAUUUCAGAAACUUCUCGGCAUCGCUAUGGAACUUUUUCUGCUGUGCAGUGAUGAUGCAGAGUCAGAUGUCAGGAUGGUGGCUGAUGAAUGCCUCAACAAAGUUAUAAAAGCUUUGAUGGAUUCUAAUCUCCCGAGGUUGCAGUUAGAACUCUAUAAGGAAAUUAAAAAGAAUGGUGCCCCUCGAAGUUUGCGUGCAGCCCUGUGGAGGUUUGCUGAGUUGGCUCACUUGGUUCGGCCCCAGAAAUGCAGGCCUUACCUGGUAAAUCUUCUGCCAUGCCUAACCCGGACCAGCAAGAGACCUGAGGAAUCAGUCCAAGAAACCUUGGCUGCUGCAGUUCCCAAAAUUAUGGCUUCUUUUGGCAAUUUUGCAAAUGACAAUGAAAUUAAGGUUCUAUUAAAGGCUUUUAUAGCGAAUCUGAAGUCAAGCUCCCCUACCAUUCGGCGGACAGCAGCUGGGUCAGCAGUGAGCAUCUGCCAGCACUCAAGGAGGACACAGUAUUUUUAUAGCUGGCUACUAAAUGUGCUCUUAGGUUUGCUAGUUCCUGUUGAGGAAGAGCAUUCUACCCUCCUGAUUUUGGGUGUGUUGCUUACACUGAGGUAUCUGGUGCCCUUGCUACAACAGCAGGUCAAGGACACAAGCCUGAAAGGCAGCUUUGGGGUGACACGGAAAGAAAUGGAAGUCUCUCCCUCUGCAGAGCAGCUUGUCCAGGUUUAUGAGCUGACUUUGCAUCACACGCAGCACCAAGACCACAAUGUGGUGACUGGAGCAUUGGAGCUCUUACAGCAGCUCCUGCGAACGCCCCCGCCUGAGCUCCUGCAAGCACUUACCAUGGCAGGUGGCAUCGGGCAGCUGACUGUGGCUAAAGAUGAGUCUAGUGGCCGAAGCCGUAGUGGGAGUAUUGUGGAACUCAUAGCUGGAGGGGGUUCCUCAUGCAGCCCUGUCCUUUCAAGAAAACAAAAAGGAAAAGUGCUCUUAGGAGAAGAGGAGGCCUUGGACGAUGACUCUGAGUCCAGGUCAGACGUCAGCAGCUCAGCCUUUGCAGCCUCAGUGAAAGGUGAGAUUGGUGGAGAACUGACUGCUUCUUCAGGGGUCUCCACUCCCGGGUCUGCUGGUCAUGACAUCAUUACUGAGCAGCCACGGUCACAGCACACAUUACAGGCAGACUCAGUGGAUCUGUCUAGCUGUGACUUGACAAGUGCUGCCACUGAUGGAGAUGAGGAGGACAUCUUGAGCCACAGCUCCAGCCAGAUUAGUGCAGUCCCAUCUGACCCUGCCAUGGACCUGAACGAUGGGACCCAGGCCUCUUCACCCAUCAGUGACAGCUCCCAGACCACCACUGAGGGGCCUGACUCAGCCGUCACUCCUUCCGACAGUUCUGAAAUUGUUUUAGAUGGUGCUGACAGCCAGUAUGGGAGCAUGCAAAUUGGACAGCCCCAGGAUGAAGAUGAAGAAGCAGCAGGUGGUCUCCCUGAUGAAGCCUCCACUGCUUUCAGAAACUCUUCCAUUGCUCUUCAGCAAGCACAUUUAUUGAAAAACAUGGGUCAUAGCAGGCAGCCAUCUGACAGUAGUGUAGACAAGUUUGUAUUAAGAGAUGAAGCUGCUGGACCAGGUGAUCAAGAGAACAAGCCUUGCCGAGUCAAAGGUGACAUAGGACAGUCUACUGAUGAUGAUUCUGCUCCUCUUGUUCAUUGUGUCCGUCUUUUAUCUGCUUCGUUUUUACUAACUGGGCAAAAAAAUGCACUGGUUCCAGACAGGGACGUGAGAGUCAGUGUAAAGGCUCUGGCACUCAGCUGUGUUGGGGCAGCUGUGGCCCUUCAUCCAGAAUCUUUCUUCAGCAAACUGUAUAAAGUACCUCUUGACACCAUGGAGUACCCUGAGGAGCAGUAUGUCUCAGACAUCUUGAACUACAUCGAUCACGGAGACCCACAGGUCAGAGGAGCCACUGCCAUUCUUUGUGGGACCCUUGUCUGUGCCAUCCUCAACAGGUCCCGCUUCCAGGUGGGAGACUGGAUGGGCACCAUAAGAACUCUGACAGGAAAUACAUUUUCUCUGGCAGACUGCAUUCCUUUGCUUCAGAAAACAUUGAAGGAUGAAUCUUCUGUCACUUGCAAGUUGGCAUGUACAGCUGUGAGGCACUGUGUCAUGAGUCUCUGCAGCAGCAGCUACAGUGAGUUGGGGUUACAACUGAUUAUUGACCUGCUGGCUUUAAGGAAUAGUGCCUAUUGGCUGGUGAGGACAGAGCUGUUGGAAACUCUUGCAGAGAUUGACUUUAGGUUGGUGAGCUUUUUGGAGGCAAAAGCAGAAAGCUUACAUAGAGGGGCUCAUCAUUAUACAGGGCUUCUAAAACUGCAGGAACGUGUUCUCCAUAAUGUUGUCAUCUACUUACUUGGGGAUGAAGACCCCAGGGUGAGACAUGUUGCUGCAGCAUCGUUAAUGAGGCUCGUCCCAAAACUGUUUUAUAAAUGUGACCAAGGACAGGCAGAUCCAGUAGUGGCCGUGGCAAGAGAUCAAAGCAGCGUUUACUUGAAACUUCUUAUGCAUGAGACGCAGCCACCUUCCCACUUCUCCGUCAGCACAAUCACCAGAAUAUAUAGAGGCUAUAACUUACUGCCAAGUAUAACAGAUGUCACUUUGGAAAAUAACCUUUCGCGAGUUAUUGCAGCAGUUUCUCAUGAACUAAUCGCAUCAACCACGCGAGCGCUCACAUUUGGAUGCUGUGAAGCUUUGUGUCUUCUUUCAACUGCUUUUCCAGUUUGCAUUUGGAGUUUAGGUUGGCAUUGUGGAGCGCCUCCGUUGAGUGCCUCAGAUGAGUCCAGAAAGAGCUGCACUGUUGGGAUGGCCACAGUGGUUCUUACCCUCCUUUCAUCAGCGUGGUUCCCACUGGAUCUCUCAGCCCAUCAAGAUGCUUUGAUUUUGGCUGGAAACUUGCUUGCAGCCAGUGCCCCCAAAUCUCUGAGAAGUUCCUGGACCUCCGAAGAAGAAGCCAACCUAGGCGCCACUAAACAAGAGGAGGUGUGGCCAGCUCUGGGGGAGCGCAGUCUGGUGCCCAUGGUGGAACAGCUGUUCUCCCACCUACUGAAGGUCAUUAAUAUAUGUGCUCACGUCUUAGAUGAGGUGGCUCCUGGACCAGCUAUCAAGGCAGCUUUGCCCUCUCUAACAAACCCCCCUUCUCUAAGUCCCAUCCGACGAAAGGGAAAGGAGAAAGAGCCAGGGGAACAAGCAUCUGUACCGUUGAGUCCCAAGAAAGGCAAUGAGGCCAGCACAGCCUCCAGACAAUCUGAUACCUCAGGGCCGGUCACAACAAGUAAAUCAUCAUCAGUGGGGAGUUUCUAUCAUCUUCCUUCAUACCUCAAAUUGCAUGAUGUCCUGAAAGCUACUCAUGCUAACUACAAGGUCACGUUGGAUCUCCAGAACAGCACUGAAAAGUUUGGGGGUUUUCUGCGCUCUGCCUUGGAUGUUCUCUCUCAGAUUCUAGAGCUGGCGACUCUGCAGGACAUUGGGAAGUGUGUUGAGGAGAUCCUAGGAUACUUGAAAUCCUGCUUUACUCGAGAACCAAUGAUGGCGACUGUUUGUGUUCAACAGUUAUUAAAAACUCUCUUUGGGACAAACCUGGCCUCCCAGUUUGAUGGCUUGUCUUCCAACCCCAGCAAAUCUCAAGGCCGAGCACAGCGUCUGGGCUCUUCCAGCAUGAGGCCAGGCUUGUAUCACUACUGCUUCAUGGCUCCAUACACCCACUUCACCCAGGCCUUAGCUGACGCCAGCCUGAGGAACAUGGUGCAGGCGGAGCAGGAGCACGACACCUCGGGAUGGUUUGAUGUCCUUCAGAAAGUGCCUACCCAAUUGAAGACAAACCUCACAAGCAUUACAAAAAACCGUACAGAUAAGAAUGCUAUUCAUAAUCACAUUCGUUUAUUUGAACCUCUUGUUAUAAAAGCUUUAAAACAGUAUACAACAACAACAUCUGUACAAUUACAGAAGCAAGUUUUAGAUUUGCUGGCACAGCUGGUUCAAUUACGGGUUAAUUACUGUCUUCUGGAUUCAGAUCAGGUAUUCAUUGGAUUUGUGCUGAAACAGUUUGAAUACAUCGAAGUGGGCCAGUUCAGGGAAUCUGAGGCAAUUAUUCCGAACAUCUUUUUCUUCCUGGUAUUACUGUCUUAUGAACGCUAUCAUUCAAAACAGAUCAUUGGAAUUCCUAAGAUCAUUCAGCUCUGUGAUGGCAUCAUGGCCAGUGGGAGGAAGGCUGUGACACAUGCCAUACCGGCCCUACAGCCCAUAGUCCAUGACCUCUUUGUAUUAAGGGGAACAAAUAAGGCUGAUGCAGGAAAAGAGCUUGAAACCCAAAAAGAAGUAGUGGUGUCAAUGUUACUGAGACUCAUCCAGUACCAUCAGGUGUUGGAGAUGUUUAUCCUUGUUCUGCAGCAGUGCCACAAGGAGAAUGAGGACAAGUGGAAACGGCUGUCGCGACAGAUAGCUGACAUCAUCCUCCCGAUGUUAGCCAAACAGCAGAUGCACAUUGACUCUCAUGAAGCCCUUGGAGUGUUAAAUACUUUAUUUGAGAUUUUGGCUCCUUCAUCCCUCCGUCCUGUGGACAUGCUUUUACGGAGUAUGUUCGUCACUCCAAACACAAUGGCAUCUGUGAGCACUGUUCAACUGUGGAUAUCAGGAAUUCUAGCCAUUCUGAGAGUUUUAAUUUCCCAGUCAACUGAAGAUAUUGUCCUUUCUCGUAUUCAAGAGCUCUCCUUCUCUUCUUAUUUAAUCUCCUGUCCAGUAAUUAAUAGGUUAAGAGAUGGUGAUAGUAAUUCAACACUGGAAGAGCACAGCGAAGGGAAACAAAUGAAGAAUUUGCCAGAAGAAACGUUUUCAAGGUUUCUAUUACAACUGGUUGGUAUUCUUUUAGAGGACAUUGUUACAAAACAGCUAAAAGUGGAAAUGAGUGAACAGCAACAUACUUUCUAUUGCCAAGAACUAGGCACACUGCUCAUGUGUCUGAUCCACAUCUUCAAGUCUGGAAUGUUCCGGAGAAUCACAGCAGCUGCCACUAGACUCUUCACCAGCGAUGGCUGUGAUGGCAGUUUCUAUACACUGGAGAGCUUGAACGCGCGGGCGCGCUCCAUGAUCCGCACACAUCCGGCCCUGGUGCUACUCUGGUGUCAGAUCCUGCUACUGGUCAACUACACUGACUACCGCUGGUGGGCAGAGGUGCAGCAGACGCCCAAAAGACACAGUCUGUCCAGCACGAAGUUGCUUAGUCCCCAGAUGUCUGGAGAGGAGGAAGACUCUGACUUGGCAGCCAAACUUGGAAUGUGCAAUAGAGAAAUAGUGCGAAGAGGGGCUCUCAUUCUCUUCUGUGAUUAUGUUUGUCAGAACCUCCACGACUCUGAGCAUUUGACGUGGCUCAUUGUGAAUCAUGUUCAGGAUCUGAUCAGUCUGUCCCAUGAGCCUCCAGUGCAGGACUUCAUCAGUGCUGUCCACCGAAAUUCCGCUGCUAGUGGCCUUUUCAUCCAGGCAAUUCAGUCUCGCUGUGAAAAUCUUUCAACCCCCACCACUCUGAAGAAAACACUCCAGUGCCUGGAAGGGAUUCAUCUCAGCCAGUCAGGUGCUGUGCUCACCCUGUAUGUGGACAGGCUUUUGUGCACCCCUUUCCGUGUGCUGGCUCGCAUGGUUGAUACCCUCGCCUGUCGCCGAGUAGAAAUGCUUUUGGCUGCAAAUUUACAGAGCAGCUUGGCCCAGUUGCCAGUGGAAGAACUGAACAGAAUCCAGGAGUACCUGCAGAGCAGCGGGCUUGCUCAGAGACACCAAAGGCUCUAUUCCUUGCUGGACAGGUUUCGUCUAUCCCUUGUACAAGACUCAGCUAGCCCCUCUCCUCCAAUCACUUCCCACCCGCUGGACGGGGAUGGGCACAUGUCACUGGAAACAGUGAGUCCAGACAGAGACUGGUAUAUCCGUCUUGUCAAAUCCCAGUGUUGGACCAGGUCAGAUUCUGCACUGCUGGAAGGUGCAGAGCUAGUGAAUCGGAUCCCUGCGGAAGAUAUGAGUGCCUUCAUGAUGAAUUCGGAGUUCAACCUAAGCCUAUUAGGUCCAUGCUUAAGCCUAGGCGUGAGUGAGAUUUCUAGUGGCCAAAGGAGUCCCCUUUUUGAAGCAGCUCGCAGGGUGACUUUCGACCGUGUGUCCAGCAUUGUUCAGCAGCUUCCUUCUGUCCAUCAAGUCUUCCAGCCCUUUCUACCUGUGGAAUCCACAGCUUACUGGAGCAAGUUGAACGAUCUGUUCGGGGAUCCCACAUUGUAUCAGUCCCUGACAACUUUGGCCAGAGCCCUGGCACAGUAUUUGGUGGUGGUCUCCAAACUGCCCUGCUAUUUGCAUCUUCCUGCUGAGAAGGAGAGGGACACAGUGAAAUUUGUGGUGAUGACCCUUGAGGCCCUGUCAUGGCAUCUGAUCCACCAGCAAAUCCCGCUGAGUCUGGAUCUCCAGGCGGGGCUGGACUGCUGCUGCCUGGCCCUGCAGCUGCCUGGACUCUGGAGCGUGGUCUCCUCCACGGAGUUUGUGACUCAGGCCUGCUCCCUCAUCCACUGCGUGCGAUUCAUCCUGGAGGCCAUUGCAGUGCAGCCUGGAGACCAACUUCUCAGUCCAGAGAGAAGAAUGAGUACUCCAAAGGUUGUCGGAGAAGAUGAAGUAGAUUCAAACAUACACAAUCCUAAGUGUGUUACCAUGGCCUGUGAGAUGGUGGCAGAAAUGGUUGAGUCUCUACAGUCAGUGCUGGCCUUGGGUCACAGCCGGAAUAGCAGCAUGCCAGCGUUUCUCACGUCGGUGCUCAGGAACAUUGUCAUCAGCCUGGCACGCCUGCCCCUUGUCAACAGCUACACUCGUGUGCCUCCCCUGGUGUGGAAAUUAGGAUGGUCACCCAAACCUGGAGGGGAUUUUGGCACAGCAUUCCCUGAGAUCCCUGUGGAGUUCCUCCAGGAAAAAGAAGUCUUUAAGGAGUUCAUCUACCGCAUCAACACACUAGGGUGGACCAGUCGCACCCAGUUUGAAGAAACAUGGGCCACGCUCCUCGGUGUUCUGGUGACCCAACCCCUCGUGAUGGAGCAGGAGGAGAGCCCACCAGAAGAAGACACAGAGAGGACACAGAUCAACGUCCUGGCUGUGCAGGCAAUCACCUCCCUGGUGCUCAGUGCGAUGACCGUACCUGUGGCUGGCAACCCAGCUGUGAGCUGCUUGGAGCAGCAACCCCGGAACAAGCCCCUGAAAGCUCUUGAUACCAGGUUUGGGAGGAAGUUAAGCAUUAUCAGAGGGAUUGUAGAGCAAGAGAUCCAAGCAAUGGUUUCCAAGAGAGAGAACAUUGCUACCCAUCAUUUAUACCAGGCCUGGGACCCUGUUCCUUCUCUGUCUCCGGCUACUACAGGCACCCUCAUCAGCCACGACAAGCUACUGCUGCAGAUUAACCCCGAACGAGAGCUGGGGAACAUGAGCUAUAAACUUGGCCAGGUGUCCAUACAUUCUGUGUGGCUAGGGAACAACAUCACACCCCUGAGAGAAGAGGAGUGGGACGAGGAGGAGGAGGAAGAGGCUGAUGUCCCGGCACCUUCAUCACCACCCACAUCUCCAGUCAACUCCAGGAAACACCGGGCUGGAGUUGAUAUCCACUCCUGUUCUCAGUUUUUGCUUGAAUUGUAUAGUCGCUGGAUCCUGCCAUCUAGUUCAGCCAAAAGGACCCCGGUCAUCCUGAUCAGUGAAGUGGUUCGAUCUCUCCUGGUAGUCUCAGACUUGUUCACUGAACGCAGCCAGUUUGAAAUGAUGUACUCAACCCUGACAGAACUGCGGAGGGUGCACCCCUCAGAAGAUGAGAUUCUCGUACAGUACUUGGUACCUGCCACCUGUAAAGCAGCUGCUGUCCUUGGAAUGGACAAGGCUGUGGCCGAGCCAGUCAGCCGCCUGCUGGAAAGCACACUGAGGAGCAGCUACCUGCCCAGCAGGAUCGCAGCCCUGCACGGUGCCCUCUACGUGCUGGAGUGUGAUCUCCUGGACGACACCGCAAAGCAGCUCAUCCCAGUCCUCAGUGACUACCUUCUCUCCAACCUCAAAGGAGUAGCCCACUGCGUGAACAUCCACAGCCAGCAGCACGUGCUGGUGAUGUGUGCCACUGCCUUCUACUUAAUUGAGAAUUAUCCUCUGGACGUAGGGCCAGAAUUCUCGGCAUCAGUUAUACAGAUGUGUGGAGUGAUGCUCUCAGGAAGUGAGGAGUCCACUCCCUCCAUCGUUUACCACUGCGCCCUUAGAGGCCUCGAGCGCCUCCUGCUCUCUGAGCAGCUGUCUCGGCUGGAUGCAGAAUCCCUGGUCAAGCUGAGCGUGGACAGAGUGAACGUGCACAGCCCGCAUCGGGCUAUGGCAGCCUUGGGUCUGAUGCUUACCUGCAUGUACACAGGAAAGGAGAAAAUCAGUCCAGGUAGAACCUCUGACCCUAACCCUGCAGCUCCGGACAGCGAGUCAGUGAUUGUGGCUAUGGAGCGGGUAUCUGUUCUUUUUGAUAGGAUCAGGAAGGGGUUUCCCUGUGAAGCCAGGGUGGUGGCAAGGAUCCUGCCUCAGUUUUUAGAUGACUUCUUCCCACCCCAGGAUGUCAUGAACAAAGUCAUUGGAGAGUUUCUCUCCAACCAGCAGCCAUACCCCCAGUUCAUGGCCACCGUGGUAUACAAGGUUUUCCAGACUCUGCACAGCACCGGACAGUCGUCCAUGGUUCGUGACUGGGUCAUGCUGUCCCUCUCCAAUUUCACGCAGAGAACACCAGUUGCCAUGGCCAUGUGGAGUCUUUCGUGCUUCUUCGUCAGCGCUUCCACCAGCCCGUGGGUCUCAGCCAUCCUUCCACACAUCAUCAGCAGGAUGGGCAAACUGGAGCAGGUGGAUGUGAACCUUUUCUGCUUGGUUGCCACAGACUUUUACAGACACCAGAUAGAGGAGGAGCUGGAUCGGAGAGCCUUUCAAUCUGUGUUUGAGGUGGUCGCAGCCCCAGGAAGCCCGUAUCAUCGGCUACUGACUUGUUUGAGAAAUGUCCACAAGGUUGCCACCUGUUGAGUGCCCAUGGCCAGAGAGGCCUCGAGGAGGUGGCAGCUGGGGUCAGAGCCUCAACCCUGCACCAAGUGCCCCACCUCCCCAGGGGCUGGCUUGGUCACCGCAGGCUUCUCACGCCACUCGAGCGCAGAGUGGCAGACGGUGUGUGUGUCUGCCACGUGGCAGAAGCUCUCUUUGCAGCAAGUGACCGUGCUGGGCACAUAUGCAGUACUGUUGGGGUUGAGCCUGAGUCCUCACAGAGAGGAGGGGCAGCUGCACUGCUGGCUCUCAGAUGUAGCUGGCUUCCAUCUUGGUCGGCCAGGUGCCUGUCUGCUUCCUAAUGUUCACCUGUUCGGUUGCAGCACGCUUACAGGUCGGCCAUUAGCCCCCCUGGUCCCUUACAGGUGGAAUGCACCACCAGCAGGCUUCAAGAGCACUGCUCCAUGUCUCCCCCAUGGGGUGCGCUUGCCGCGCCUGCUGUCUGGACAGACACUGCAGCAUGUGCUGGGCCGGUGGCUGGGAGCACCAGACACCCAGCGCCAUUCUCCUUUUCUCUGUUUUCUUCUCAGGAUUUAAUAAUUACAUCAGUAAAGAGAUUAAUUUUAACCUUAACUCCUCCUAUGCCCUUGUAAAGUAUGUGAGUUGCAAGGCCUGUGCUGCAUGUGACAGCGUCUGUGGAAGUAGAGGGGAGCCUCUGAGUGCCACCCCUUCUCCCAUAGCGACUCAUCCUCUGUUGAACAGAUCUCUCACAUAACCCUGUUCCACCCAGUGACAUUUCCUUUGCACAUCCUCCUGUUUUACACAUUCGCACUUAAGUAGGAUGUAGGGAGGUGUUAAAUGUUCAGGUGCCUACAGCAAGAAUUCUCCCUGCGGCCCCAUUCCAAGGACUGAGGAGAGGACCCCUCACUGUCCAGUGCAUGGGAGCCCGUGACACCCUCCUCCUCAAACAUGGACAACUUUCACAUCCUCCACUUACCAGUUAGGUGUGACAACUCCCCAGUCACUUAGCAAACAAGGCCAGCCCACCUCGUGGUAAGCAGCCUGUGUUGUAUGCAAAGACGCUGGCCUGAUGGCCUCCAGUUUUGGUCCCGAGCUGGCUGUGGGCUGUGGUCUGCCUCAGAACUUGGCUAGUGGUGUUGGGAGUCCGUCCCAUCCCCAGGGUCUCUUCUGCAUGUUGGACCCAGAUACAUGCCUGGCCUUGGCAGCCCAGGGGUGUGGCUGAGCUAUUUUGUCUGUGCCUCUCCUGGUCAAGAGCAAAGCUUGAUGAAUUGGCAGCUGUAGAGACAGAUCCUUGUACUUCUUUUGCCUCCUUUCCACUCACAUCAGACCUGGGCCCCCGUUCACCUCAGAAGAGGGCUGAUCUGUGCCCACAGGAGCCCAGUGAUGGGGCUGUAUCUGUGGGCAGGAGUGAGUGGGGGAGUGGGGAAGGGACAAUGACUGGUCAGUCCACAGCAGGAGACAACUACAUCCCACCAGAGCCGCCACCUCUACUUACUCCAAGCCCCAAUCCCUGGUGCAGUUUUUUUGUUUCCAGGCCCAAAGUAGCCAACUCAUUAAAAUGAAAAAAGAAUCCUGGACAGUAGGGCUGCCCCUGAUUAAGGAGCUUGAUUUUGGAACUCUGCUUGCCUUUCGGCAGAGAUGUGAGUGUUCUGCCUCCUCAGCCCCCAGAGGCAAGCCUAGCUGGUUUAGUGAUUAUCAUGCUGGUUGUAGGUGACAGUCAGUGUUUCGGGUAUUUAGUGUGGUAAGUGAAGAUCAUUUUGGAGCUGUUUUCCAGAGUCUAAAACAGGAGCAAUCUAUGGCUCUUCAAUUACCGUUCACAUCAGUCUGCAUAGGUGCUGCCUUGAGACCCCUCUUGCCUCAGCAGUUGGAGGGCUGCUGGCAUGCAGAGUUUCCCACCUCCCUUGCACACAAAGUCAAGGGGAGGCUUUUUCCUUCAGCUCCCAGCAGAGGCCUACCCUAGCCAAGACCAUCCUAACCUGGUGCUGGGGCAGCAGAAAUGGUAGAAAUCAAUUCAAUUUUUGAGGAGGAUCUUAAGGGGAGCUACUGAAUUUUAAUGAGAAGCACGAAAGUUACCUUUCUCCCUGUUGGUUUGGGACUCCCCCUUUCCAUCCUAGCUUUUCUUCUAGAAAGCUUGCUAGAAGUGUCUGUGUAUGAAUUCUUAGAAGUCGCUGCUCUACCCUCACCUGCCUCCCCAGGUGGUUUCAGCAGCUCUGAGAGAGGCAGAUCACAGGCUGGAUGUUGUUCCUGGUUAGAUGUUUACAUUUGUGAGAAAUAGCACUGUGAAUGUAAAAUUUGGAGCCAUUCCCCUUAGAAUUUGUGUCACUGGGCUCAGCACAGAGUUUAAUUGGCCCGUUGUGUUUAUUAUGUUAUUUAAAACAGUUCUUAGCAAGGGAGCUUAGAACCUAGCACCCUUCCCCACAGAGGCCUACUUUUGUGCUUCAGAGAGGAAAUGAGUUUAUAAGUAAAAUUACUUCACCCAUGUGUGAGGCUAUAUGUAUGUGCAUGUAUCUACAUCCUUAAUUUUACACACACACACACACACACACACACACACACACACACCUCUCAAGACGAAUAUGCUAGGCCUCUAAGAGUGCCUGGAAGCUGACUUUAUUAAACCUGCCACGGGAAGUCAGCUGCGAGACUCAGGCAUCCAAGA